AUGGCGCUUGCUAGACGCUGUACGCUCUUUCUUCUCCUCGUUCUUGGUUUAGCCUACAUUGCAAAGGCAGCCAUUGCUCCCACGGCCACAGCAGGCCCCAAGUGCAAGAACGCGUUCCCUCAAAGGCCUCUGUGCAAGUUCGUGGACAGCUUGACCACGCGCGUGAUUCCCACUCUCGAUGGCACCAAGCCGCUCACAAUCGGCGCCUAUCAAAUAUACCAGAAAUUCCAUCGCGAUCUGCCGGCGACGAAGCAGUACGCGUACGGCACGAGUCAGAAGACGGCGUCGUACCCCGGCCCCACCAUCGUGGCCAAGGUGGGCAUCGACACGACGGUGACGUGGGAGAACCAUCUGCCUCGACAACACGCACAUGUUCACCGUCGACCCCACGCUCAUCAUGGGCUACAAGUACCCCAAGCGGGGCAUCCCCAUGGGCACGGUGGUAGUCAGCAGAGCUUCUACGACGGGCACCCUUUCGCGUGGAUCACACAGUACGGCGAGAAAGGCCCCACGUACGCGACGAACGUGUACAAGUACGUGAACGACGAGGCGUCCACCAUCUGGUACCACGACCACAUGGCCGGCUUGACGCGCCUCAACGUCGCUGCCGGCCUGGCGGGGCUGUACAUUAUCACGGACCCCGAGGUUGAGUCCAAGUUCACCUGGCUGCCGCCCGCCUCCCGCACCGUGCCGCUCGCCAUCGCGGAUCGCCUCUUCUUCGCGAACGGGUCGGUGAACUACCCGAACGUGGGGAUCGUGCCGAACGUGCAUCCCAACUGGAUUCCCGAGUACCUCGGCGACACCAACAUGGUUAACGGCGUGGUUUGGCCGUACCUCAAGGUCCGGCCUGCGAUGUACCGGUUCAAGAUGCUGGGUGCGGCGAACGCGCGUUUCUACAAUCUGCAGUUCGUUUGCGCGCAGCGCGGCGACUACCCCAACUUCGUGCCACCGCUCAGGGGCAAGAUUGCCACCGACGGCGGUUACUUGCCAAAGCCGGUGUACUCCAAGUCACUGCUGCUGGUUCCCGGUGCUCGCCAGGAUGUGCUCGUUGAUUUCUCCAACCUGCCCGACACGUGCAAGGACGUGAUUCUCCAAAAUCUUGCUGCCGCGCCCUUCCCCGCUGGUGUGACGGCUGACCGCGACACGGGGCUUGUAAUGCGCUUCGUGAUCACCAAUCGCAAGCGCUUUCCCGCGCCGAAGAUCCCCAGCUCCAUCUCGUACUUGCCUCCAAUCAACUACAAGAACAUCCAGAAGGUUCGCUGGCACCGCCUGGUGGAGGAGAUGGAUCCCAAGACGAACCUGCCCGUCCGCGUCACCAUCGACAACCUCGGGUUUGCCGACCCCAUCAGGGACUACCCCAAGCAGGGCACGAACGAGCUGUGGCAUAUCAUUAACUUGUCGGCCGAUGCGCACCCCAUGCACUUCCAUCUCGUGGACCACCGCCCCGUGUCGCGCCGCCCCUUUGACGUCGCGGCGUUCCAGGCUGGCAAGUGCGCGUUCCGCGGCAAGAAGCUGCCCACCUGCUGGACUGGACCGAGGCUUCGGAUCGAUCCCACUGAGGACGGUUUAAAGGACACCACAACCGCGUACCCCGGUCAGGUGCUGACGCUUUGGUUCGGCUGGCACGAUGGCAAUGGCAAGCCUUUCCCGUUUGACGUGACCGUUGGCCCGGGCUACGUGUACCAUUGCCACAUGCUGGAUCACGAGGAUAAUGACAUGAUGCGGCCGUUCAAGGUGAUCAAGGGAGCUAGAGCAGCUGGGACUCCUGGCAAAGUCUGGAUCAGUAGGGUGAUGUAUCCUUUUGGUAAUAAGGACAAUUUUGUGGAGGAGCCUCGUGUGGUGCAGUCUGAGAACCACGGAUGGCAGAAGGUGACUAAUGUUAAGAAGCAGCGUCGCCAGGAACAGAAAGACUCAAAGAAGCCGUCAGCUGCAGGAAAAUCCGCAGGUGGGAAAGGGUCGAUCGGCCAAUCCGUGUUUUCUUCGCUGGAGGAUGAAUCUAAGCAGAGGAGAGCGAGGAUCGAAGCUCGCGCAGCAGCUGCUGCAGCAGCUGAGCGGGAAGCGGAGCGUGCAGAGUACGACGCUGACGAUGACGAUGAUGAUGAUGAGGAGAGGGAAGCCAAGGCCCCAGCAGCAGCAGAGCCUAAGAAGCCUAAGAAACCUAAGAAGCCCAAAGUUACCGUUCUGGAGGCAGCGACAGCGAUCAAAGUGGACGAAUUGUCCGCGUUCCUUGUCGAGAUCUCGGAAUCCUUCGCAGGCAUGCCGGAUGUGCAGCUGAUGCGUUGUGCGGAUUUCUUCGCACGAGCCUUCAGCGCGGUGCUUCCAUCGCAGCUCAACAUCCCCAAGAUCAUCCGAGAUUCCAGCUUGGCCAAAGCCCUUGACGAGGUUCGCACAACCGCCUCUGAAUGGCUGGCGGAGCGGCCUGCGGACGCGCUGGCGAAGUUUCUGGUUACCCUAGUGCGAUCGGCGCUCGAGGAUGUGCUGCCAGUCGGCAAGGUGGCCAAGGGAACCGCCGCACAGCCGCUGACGCCGCCCAAGGCCAAGGUGGGCAUGCUGGUGCUGCUGGUGCUGCUGCUGCGGCGACGGCCGGACGUGAUGCUACAGGCGGCCGACUCCAUCCGCACGGACCCUGGCUGCCUCGGCCAGGACAGGCUGCCCGUGCUCGCCUGGAUGUACGGCCAGGUGGCAGUGGUGGAUCUGGUAUCGGGCAUGGCGCUGCUGGUCAGCAACCUCAUGCCCUUCACAUCGGGCAAGCAGGGCUCGCCUGUGGGCCGCGACGUCACUCUCACCUACUUCCAAACCGUGCUGCUGCGCGGCAACGAGCGCAAGGCGAGGGCGGUGCUGCUGAACGGGGCGUUCCGCAAGGGCGAGCGGCUGGUGCCCUACUCCACGCUCGACCAGUUCCUGCGCCUCGCCUUCCCCCCCGCCUCUGCCCGCACCAAGGCCACCGACCGCUUCACUGCACUCUACCCGCUUCUUAAGGAUAUCACGCUCGCAGGCUCGGGCCGAACCAAGUCCACCAAGGCUGUUGCCACGAUGCUGCUUCCGCUGAUGUUCCGAGCCGCAGGGGAAGAGCCUGAAGCGCUCGCCCAGGAGGCGAGCAGCCUCUUCGUAUGGUGCUUGGCAGAGAACCCUGACUGCUACCUGCAAUGGGAGCGGCAUCAUGCGGAGGACCAUGCCACGAGCACACUCCUGCUGACCUAUGUGCUGCGCUCAUGGCCCACUGUCAAGACGCAGCUCGCGCCCUUUGACCCUCUGCGCAAGUUCCUUGCCUCCAUUCGCAAGAAGGUGUGUUCUGCCUGCUGUGCAGUGUGCGUGAUGCUUGCUGUGGGUCAGUGUGCCGGCCAUUCUCCCCUGCUCCUGUGCCCCCUUCUCAUUUCCCCCACACUCUCUUGCUCCACACUUCGUUCCAAACCUCUUCUACUCCAACCCCUCCUCGUCCCAUCCGCCUCCCCUGCUCCCUCUCAGCAGCACAUUGCGGCAUUGGAGGAGCUGGACGAGGGCCAGAUAACACAGAAAAAGGAUAUCCAAAGCGCCUACGCACACAUUGCGGCAUUGGAGGAGUUGGAUGAGGGCCAAAUAGCGCGGAAAAAGGACAUCCAAAGCGCCGACGCAACAGCGAGGAAGCUGCAAGGGAAGGUGGCUGCAGGGGGGAGCUGCGUGGUGGUGUCGGCUGCUCUGAUGGCCGUUGCAGCAGCAGCAGCGUAUGCAGCCUUCAACUUGCCACCUCAAGGCGAGUUUAACCUGGAUAUUGAUGCCGUGCUGGCAUUGCUCAAGGGUAAUUAA